CACAACAUAGAUCCAAUCAAAACUACCUUCACCGUGUCCUCUUAAAAGUAGGCCAAACGUAUCCGGCUGGUUUCCUUGAAACGUCUUCCCUGACGACUCGGUCACAUCACUUCCCGCUUUGUUGAGACGUCUACAGUGACGGUGAUGGGGCGGACAUUUUAACUAGUUACAGUGUCCUGAAUAUUUACAAGAGGAUUUCCUAAUUUAUUUCUCUAUGGGUUAAUGUGGAUGAACAACUGAUAACGUUACUUUACAAGGCGCGUUUACCAUGAAUGAUGGCAGAGAAUCAAGCCAUCUACCAGAUGGGCAUCACUCCUGGCAUGGAGUACAUCAUGGGUCCAGAAGGCAGGCAGGCCGAGCAGGAGGCUCUCCGGGAGGACAAGGAUCGCUCCUACAGGGUCAUCCUCAACAUUGUGGGCCGGGAGAGACAGGGCAAGACCAGCCUCAGGAAGAUGUUGGCAUGGCAGGAGUUCAGAGAGGAUGAGGAAAGCACAGUUGGCAUUGAUCACGAGUUGGUGGAAACUGUCGGGGUACAACCGGCAUCAUCCUGGUCUCAGCUGGAUAUCCACAUGUCAAACGAGAAAGAGUUUGAUGCAAUCCUAGGAAAACAUGUUUUAGGAAGACUAAAGGAAAAAACGUCGCGGUUCAGCAUUGGAAAGGUUGUAGCACCAGUUGUGUGUUUUGCUAAAAUUGCGGCUGUGACUUAUCUUAUCCUUGGUUUGUUUCUCUGUGCUGUCUCAAUGCAAAGCUUGGAGGGAUAUCCCUGGGUGGGAAUUGUUGUAAUUGGACUUUUUGGUGCUUCUGGUCUUGCUUUUGGGAUACGAGAAGGAUUUGGAAUUGCAGUAGGAAUAUUCCACCAGAUCCUUCUCUGUGAGGCGCUUUUGAGAUGGGAUGUUGGUGGGACGGUAUUCAAUAAUUUGAAAUCCGAAUUUGGUUCAACAUGUGCCAUUUUCAUAGGAUUUUUGUGUUACGGUAUUGGGGAAACAUGUGUGGCGUUUUCGUUUGGAAUGUCACUUGGGAGUAGGUAUUGUCUGCACUUUCUGUCUAGCUCAGCCACCUCACACGACUGGAGAAGACCCAUCUCAGUUAUUCCUGUCUCCUCGUCUUCACAUGUUCAUUAUGGGGUGUUACGUAGGACUUGGAUCUGUCAACUACAGGUCUGUGUUGUUAUAUGUUGUAGCUCCACUUUUAGCCAUAGUAAUACACGUUCUACCUGAAGACUAUGCCUUUCUCUUAAUGUGUGGAUUAGGUACGGGGCAUUUUCAUGCAGUUGGGCUCUCGACAGGACAAAAUACCUACUGUAUCAUAAACACAUAUAUCAAAAGCAUCACAGACAGUCCUAGAUGUCGUCGAUUUAUUCGUCACUUUCUUGGAACCAUUCCAGGAACAUUCAUGAUCUAUCUAUUCAAUUGGAAGUUAUCAGUCGUCUCUUGGAAUUAUGUUUUAAUGUCCUUGUCUGUUGUAGCGACUAUUGAAAUUUUGAAUAACCUGGCAACAGGGACUAAAACCUGUCCUGUCAAGAAUCCAAGUAAGGUUAUCGAGGCGAGAGUAAUAAACACUAGUCUAAAACUGGUGCUCCGUGACUUUGCGGGUCAUCCACUGUACUACACCGCUCAUCACCUUUACAUGACUGGGCAGUGCAUGUACCUUCUCGUUUUCAGUAUGCUGGACGCUUCAAGAGACUUUGACUUAGCUUUUGCAUAUCUUCUUCAAUGGCUUUACUCUAUCUAUGUCCACCAUGAUUAUCCAGACAUCAGAGUCUUCAUUGUUGGUACUCACAGAAAUGACCCAUCCCUCGAUCAGUCUGUGAUCAUGAAACUAGGCCAGCGACUAAAGGAAGCAUUGCCAAGACAGUUCCACAACAUAGUGGUGUGGAAUGACGAUGACACUCCUCUAUUCCCUGUGGAGAAUUCAGUAAGAAAUGAUAAAGAUAGCGAUCACUUGAAUCUGAGGAGGAGAAUAUUGAGGGAAGUAAGAUACAUUAACGUUAAGAAAUACCCAAUAAAGUACAUCUACUUCUUCAAACUCAUAGAGAAAUUUCGCAAGGAUGGGAUAUGUAUAAAAAAAUAUGAAGACGUUUAUGACAUAUGUAAAGAAAAUGAUUGUCUUAUUGAAUCGGAAGAAGAUUUUGAAGAACUACUAAAGUUCUUCUCAAAUACAGGAGAAAUACUUUACAUUUCAAAAGACAACAUCCUGCGUGAGUUCAUCAUAUUCAAUCCUCACACCAUUGUGAAGAUCUUAAGUCAGCUGAUAACUGUGCCGAAAAUGUCUCAGCGUGAAAGGCACAUACUUGAGGAUUGGGAAUGUUUAGAAACAUUCGGUAUAUGUACCGAGAGGCUCUUCAGAGAAAAUAUACUAGGCUCAUAUCAAACUAUAGAUGUCUUUGGGGGGAUUGAGAAAGCAGCAUAUUUGUUAGAAAGUUUCAAUCUACUUUGCAAGAUACAAACAAAACCAAGUCAGACGAUGCGAGAUCGGCUGUAUCUCAUUCCAGCGUUGCUACCGGAGGCACUUCCUUUGCCAGAUAACUACUGGCCCGAUACAAGCAACGAUCACAUAUUUUUUGUCCAGUGUGUGCCUGCUCUUCCACUCCCGGCAUUCCUUCGCCUUGUUUGCAAAUGUGCCGCAUUUGAUGACAGUAUUAUAUCAGACGAUCAAAGCAUAGUCCUUAACGCGUGUCAGACAAAAGCACUCUUUUCUUACAGGGACAAGUUCAGCUAUAAACUGGAGAUGCUAGAUUCUAGUACUCCAAAAUAUCGAGACGAAUCUCCUGAAGCUACGUGUGAGAACACGUCUUCAAGCUUUGAUGCUGAAUCUGUGCCAACACCUGACAAGCAGUUCCUCAGAAUCGUUAUACGUUGUGAGAUUGGUGUUGAUUAUAUUCAAAUGGUAAAUCUUCUCUGGGAGCAAUUAAACCGAAUUGUGAAAAGAGACUUUGCCAAAUGUAAGCUGAAACUCGGGGUUGAGUGUCCAUGCGAACCACCUCACCAGGAUAUGAAACACCAGACAAGCUUUCAUAUCCUGCCACUUGGAGACGAUGACGAUCACGAUGGAGACACUGACUGUGUCAGGGCAAAACACUAUUGGUGCCGUGGUAGAAAGGUGGCUGUCAGAAACGGAAAGGCAUCACUUGUGCUCCGGCAAGAGCGGCAAGUGUUUCCUCCUGGAGGCUGCAGCAUGACGACACGACUGAGUGACCUCCCAUAUGUUGUGACGGGACGGGUGUGUGACUACCUCAAUAUUCCCAGUGCCCUGGGUAAGGACUGGCGAUACCUGGCAGGAAUGCUUGGAAAGACGUCACACGAUGUUGAGCUGAUCACAUUUCGCUGCCCCAGAGACCCAUGUGGGGCUCUUCUUAACGACUGGAUCUCAACACAUCCUAGAUCUACUGUUGCCGACCUGGUCAUCAAACUGAAGGACAUGGAGCGUUUGGAUGUCAUCAGCGUCCUGGGCGUAGACUGGGAGAACAUGUAACGGUAAUCUACGGACGAAGGAAGGACAUGGGCCGGGUCCUGCAUUGUCUUCAGUUAGAAUUAUGUCACGGUGAUCUUCAGACCAAGAUCGCGAUUGAACUCAAUCAGUAGAAGAUCAGGGACGAACUGGAUCCCCAUACACAAAGCUUUCGUAACGUUACGACCUGUCGUAACUCUACAGUUUAUCAUAGGCUUGCGAAUGUCGUAACGUUUUGUGAAUCGGGACCCUGGCACAACCCACUACAACGUGCUAUGACAUCAGUGACAUGGGGCAUCAUGGUUUCAAGAGAAUGCAUGGUUUAUCGCUCACUGUCAUCUCAAUUCUCACAGUUACAAUACACGUACCCUCAGUUAUAUUGGCGGUCCAUGUGGCCAGGAGACUGUUGUGAGCUACGAUGAUUGAGGAUAACAGAUCAUUGACAGCAUUAGCAACAAGCACUGGGGUAUCACGUGCAUGCAACGUUUGGACAUGCAAUAAUUGCAAGUGUUAUAUGUGCAAGACUUAAACAUCCGGUGAUAUUUAUUCACAGUAUAUUUAAAAGGAAGAGGUGUCUACCAUAAUUUUGUAAUAUUUUUUACUCUGUUUACCAAUAAAUAUUUGGUUAUAA